ACAGGGUUGCCACGCCCCCUGCCUUAACUGUUCGAAGGGAGUCGCGGUGGGAGCGCAGAUCACAUUUAGAGCUCAAGGAAGAAGGAAAUAACUAAUGACAACACAGCUGGCUGUUUUUGAAUGACCUACAGAUCUCAAUGGACUGGCCCCUUCUUAUAGUUUUACAAGUGUUAUUUCAGCCCUCUCUCUCAGUCUUGUUCACUGUGGAGGCAGAGCAAAGCCUGUACACGUCAGAGUUUGGAGAAAGUGUCGUGAUGGGCUGCAAGUUCAACCCUAAACCCUCCUAUCCUCACCCUGACCUGAACGUGACCUGGCACUGGAUCAACUCUGACUCCGUUCAGGACGUGAUCCGGCUGGAUAAUGGCGUGGCGCGCUCGGAAUCUCCAAAGUAUCGGGGACGAGUGCAGCUUCUGACCGAGGAGCUGGCGGAAGGCUGGGCUAAACUGAAGAUGUCCAGUCUUAGAAUCAGUGACGCCGGGAAGUACCAGUGUGUGGUUCAUUCAGCGGAUGGAGCCGACUAUAAAACUAUAGCCUUGUCUGUUGAAGCAUCUUAUAAACCAGUGACCAAACGCAUUGAGAGGGUUGCAACGGGUGAUGAGGUCCUGAUAACCUGCCAGUCUGAGGGAUACCCUAAGUCAACAGUUGAAUGGCAGAAUGGAAACCUGGAGACACUCAAUCCCAACACCACUGCUGAAUCAACACCAGACCAGAUUUUUAGAAUCACCAGCCAGAUAAAAGUCAGCUCAACAGAAAAAAACAACUACACCUGUAAAUUUACAAAAGACGGCCCCUCCGCAACAAUUUCUAUUCCAGAUGACAUACCACUUCUUCCUGCAAAAAAUGAUGCUGUCAUCAUUAUACUGUGCAUAGGAGUGAUAGUGGUAUUAGCCUCUGUUGGAGUGGUCACCUAUCGACGACGAAAAGGAUCCCACAAUCACAGCACUCACAGCACCAGGAACCUCCUGGAAAGACCUGCUCCUACCGCUGCUUCCUGUCUAAGAAGUUAUGACGACAACUAUGAGAAUGAGAUAACUACUUGUAAUGAAGGCCAUGUGGAGGAAAAUCUGGGGUUGUAUGUGAAAACGCAUUACUCAGAAAGCUUUCUCAGUGCAGAGCGAAGAAAUCAAUGCGGCACUUUCAGUGCGGAGGAGCUGCCUCGCAGACUGCAAAACAAUGAAGGCCACCCUGUGAAUCUUCCUGCUUUACUCCCGGGAGCUGGCGAGACAUUUUUCCUUGAGGGACUUCCCGGAAGUGGGAAAACAACUGUAGCCCACAUCCUGAUCUCAUCCUGGACUGAAUGGCCCACAGAUGCCCUUUCCAACUUCCUUGACCUCAGCGCACUUCGUCUUCUCUUAUAUGUUGACUGCAGCUCCGUGAAGGGCGACUUGUUUCAGGAGAUAACAACUCAGCUUCCACUCACCAAAAAGAUAUCAACAGAAAAGCUGAGAACUCUUUUAAUCACAUCUGGCAAGGCUCUGCUUUUGUUGGACGGCUACAAAGAAGGAAACCAAUAUUUCGAUGACUCAUUAAGGAAGUUUCUAAGUGAACAAACAGGUUGCAGGGUGCUGGUCACGGCCAGCCCAGGACACUGCCCCGUGCUCAGGCAAACGGUUGGGAAUGAAGGAGUUCGAAAGCUUCAAAUACAACCUGCAAAGUACUGAGCUUAAAAAUAAUAUUGUGACCAAGAAAACAUUGUAUAUUAGUUAGAUUUUUAACAAAUGAGGCAAGAGUUUUGUGUUUCUGUAUGUGUGUGUGUGUGAGUGAGAGUGAGAGAGAGAGCUAGGUGUUUCGAUUUUUUAUAAGCCCAAAUAUGCUGCAGAAUGUACUGAAAAUGCAUGAUAAUGUGUAUUCAAAGUGAUGCGCGGGAAGUUAUAGAUGUGCAACAAAUUAUAAUUUUGUAUUCUUUGUUGUCUUGAUUUCAUUACAGUGCAAUAGGUUUUUUCAAAAUUCUUUUAGAGAAAGUACAUCAUUUUUGCUGGAAAAGCUGCGUAAUGAAAGCGUUGAUAAGAAACUGGUGUUUGCAGAAUCUAUGAAAGCGGCAAUUAAAAUCUCCUUUUUCAAUACAUGUAACAGUUCAGAUACAGCAGUGGUUUCUGUUUUAGUUUAAUGUUGGUGCAUGAAAAAGAGAAAGGUCAUAGUUAAGGGUAUCAGCUAGACUGCAAGCAAAGCAGCAACAGCUUCUCUCUGGUGUCAAGAGCAAGAGGAAGUGACUCUUUGAGUGUUCCUGGCAAGAGGUCAUUUAUGCCAGUAAUGUUUAAUUUAGAAAAAGAAAGGGUCUUUUUUUUUAAUUCUUUUUUUUUUAAAUUUUUGUAGGUUCUUCAUUUUGUGGAAAAGCAAGCAUGUUUACCAAAUUUCAAAUGGCAUCGAGCCAGUAAUUUGUCUGGGUUAACCGUGCAUAUUGUCCUUGUUUUUCUCUCAGCCCUGGUCUGUUGCACUGGUCGACAUCAUCUUUUACUAAACUCGUGAUUGUGUGCUUUUUCGCUACGGCUGGUGACUUUACGUGAUCUCAAAAAGUCCUGAGUCAGCAGUAAACAGCAUGUUGUUGUUAUUUCUUUUAUCAAAUGCACAAAAAGCGAUGAACGUUUGUGUGGUAAAUAGAGAAGUGAAAGAAAACAUGCUUUAAAGAAGAGAAUGAUAUCCAAAUAAUGUGGUUUACUGUAGUUUACAAAGUCACACCCGUGAUGUGCAAUUACCACUGCAACAAAACAGAUGGGGAAAUAUUCCACCAAAGUAGUUUGUUGGCUUUAAGUUAAUACACAACUAAAAUGUGAUUUUAAAAAAAGGACACUCAGUAGAGAUGGGUUUGUAGAAAGCUAAAAGAAGACCGAAUCCCUAAAGACUCGUCACAUAAUUCUACAUGUAGGAUGUACAUGGAGUGUUUAACAGAUCAUUAGAAGUGGGAUAGAAGAAGGAGAACCAUCUCAACAGCACUUUAUUACUUCUUGUUGUUUUUGUUGUAGGCCAAGAGGGCUAAUACCACUCCAAUGCUAAGGCACGGUGGAGGCUGCAUCAUGUUAUGGGGCUGUUUCUCAGUAGAAGGAACCGUUGUAAUGGUCGGAAAUGAGAAAGAGCAGAGUGCAUGCAACCUAGUCAGCCAUCUACUUAUCUUUCAGUCCUAACGCCCAGACCUUUACCCCAGACAGCAUCUGCUUGAAAAAAGACUUCCUCAACUCCAGGCUUUGCCUUUGUGCACUUUGACUUCAAUUCGUCACCAUUUAAAAAAGAUACAAUCUUCUGUUAGAUCUGUGUGGAAAAUCACACACAACUCUGGGAAUAGCUGUCUACCCAGCUGUCUAACUGCUGGAGUUUAUAAAAAAAAAAAAUUCUUCUAUAUAACUCCCUCUUUAUAUCCAGUAGAAUUGAUUAACUGAUUAUCUUUAAACCAUCUGUGAUUUCAUGGUUUUUACUGAUCUGAAUGUCAUCCCUUUUUUAGAUGAUAUGCUUUUUUGACAAUACAGCCACUACUAAAGAUGAAAAAGUGA